CAGCACGCUAGCUCCAGCUUGCAAGUUGCCGUGUUGAGGCACCGCAGGCAAUUUGCUUAAGGAAUAGUGCAAAGCUUCUACGGCGCGUGCCAACAACGUUGCAACGCCUGGCACUGCCUCCAGCCCACGAUAGUGCAGCCAGGCAACAUGCCCAAAAAGCCGAGCAGUGAUGCGGCAAAAGCAGCAGGCAAAAAAGCAAGCAAAAACUCGAAAAAGGACGACGACGCAGCCGCGAAGCCCUCGAAGGCGUCGAAAAAAGCCGCUCGUGCUGCCGCCGAGGCCGAGCGGGCUCGCGCGGUAGAGUCGAUGCUGGCGCCAGCGUCGGACGACGAGGCCGCGACGGACUCCGAGGGCGAGUGGACGACCGACAAGGCGGGCAACACCAUCUCCAAAGCGGAGGCGCGCAAGAAGGAGGAAGAAGAUGCUAUGCGUGCCGCGGCAAAGAAGCGCCGCGCGGCCAAGGCGUCGGCGGCGCCGGCGGCGCCGGUCGACGAGGGCCGGCCCCAGUGGCUCGUGGACUACGACCGCGUCAAGGCGAAAGCUGAGGCCGGAGGCAAGCUUUCUGGCAAAGAGAAGAAGUUACUCAAGCGCGGCCAAGCCAGAGAAGCCGAAGAAGCGGAGCUGGGCCUCACGUCCGGCGGCGACGACACGCGCACGGUGGACGCGCGCUUGGAGGGCUUCUCGCUGAGCGUGCCUGGCGGCGCGACGCGCGCGGCCGACGACGCGAGCAAGGACGUCGUCGUGAAAGGCCUGAGCAUCUCCGCCCCGGAGAAGCCUCUAUUAGUGAACGCGGACCUCGCGCUCGUUGCUGGGAGGCGCUACGGCCUCGUCGGUGCGAACGGCCGCGGCAAGUCGACGUUGUUACGUUUCAUCGCCGCGCGACGGUUGCCCGUGCCCCAGAGCGUCGACGUCUUACUCGUGGACCAAGAAGCUUCCUUUCAGGGCGCGUCUGUCUUGGAGGAUGUGUUGGAGGCCGACACGACGCGCUCGUCGUUACUCGCGGAGGAGGCGGCGCUGUGGAACGACAUUGACAACGGCACCACCGCGGCGGCGGAGCGCCUCGCGGCGGUCUGCGACGAACUGGAAGCCAUUGACGCGGACGCGGCCGAGGGGCGGGCGCAGGCGGUGCUCGCCGGGCUGGGGUUCACCGAGACCAUGGUCGCCGGGCCCGCCUCGCGACUCUCGGGCGGCUGGCGCGUGCGCGCGGCGCUCGCGCGGGCGCUCUUCGCGCCGCCGUCGCUCCUCCUCCUCGACGAGCCGACGAACCACCUCGACCUGGACGCCGUGCUCUGGCUCGAGCGGUACAUCACGGACCAGCUCCCGGCGUCGUCGACGCUGCUGACCGUGUCGCAUGAUCGAGGGUUUUUGGACGAGACGUCCACCGAUCUCAUCAACCUGAGCGACGACGGGGGUUUGGAGGCGCACCGCGGCGGCCUGGCCAAGCUCGACGCCGGCGCGAAGGCUAGGCUGGCCAAGCGGACCAAGGACUACGCGCUCCAACAGAAGGCGCUGAAGGAAGAAAGGGCGAAGCACCCCUCGCUGCGGGCCGAAAAAUUGGAACAGAGAGUGCUGGACCGUCUCGGCGCGCCGCGGCUCGUCGAGAAGCCACGGGAAUAUGCCGUCCACUUCGACCUGAGGGCCCCGGACGACGCUCGGGCGGCCGCGGGCUGCGGUAUUGAUUUGCGGGGCGUGGCCUUCUCCUUCGGCGCGACGUCCACCGGCUUCAGCGGCUUCAGAGACCUCGAUUUGAGCGUCGACGCCUCGACGCGGGCGGCGAUCGUCGGAGCAAACGGCUCCGGCAAGAGUACGCUGCUGAAACUCAUUGUGGGCGAACUCGAGCCGCAAACUGGAGAAGUGACGCGGGGGCGAAGACUCGUUCUAGGCUACUACGACCAGCACUUCUCGGAGCUGCGGCAGUGCGCCCCGAAGGCGUCGGCCGUCGAGUUUCUUGUCGCGACGCACUCGUGCAAGACCGAAGAGGCCCGCAAGUACCUGGGCAAAUUUGGUCUGGACAGCGCCAGACACGUCAUGCCGGUGAGAGAUCUAUCAGGAGGUCAGAAGGCGCGCGUAGUCUUCGCGUCGCUGGCGCUGAAGCGGCCGCAUCUGCUGGUGCUCGACGAGCCGACGAACCACUUGGACAUUGAAAGUUGCGACGCGCUCGUCGAGGGGCUGAGCAGCUACGAGGGCGGGGUUUUAGCGGUAACGCACGACGCUGCCCUCGUCGAGGCGUUGUCGCGCGACGAGAACGGCGUCGAGCUCCCAUUAUUCGUGUGUCGCGACUCGAAAGUGUGCGUGGAGCGGGGCGGCUUCGCGAAGUAUAGAAGGGACGUCGCCAAGGCGGCCGAACUUCGCGAGGCGAAGGCGCGAAAGCUCGCCGACGCCCGGGCGGCGAAGCGCGUCCAGGACCGCCGCGCGAAACUCGCGAAGGCGGCGAACAAACCUCCGAAGCCGCCCUAGGUUUCAUAAGUGAUGUGUUUUACUC